AUGUACGACGAGGAGCCGCGUGCAUUCUGCAACAUGCCCCUCAGCGGCACUGUUGGAAUACUCAGCUCUUUGGUUCUCCUCUCACAAGUGAUCGCAUUAUUUCUUGUCUGCUCCAAUAAUUUUUUCAUUUAUUUCUUCGAACUUCUGAUCGCAUUUGGAAUGGUAUUCUUCCUUUCACAAGGCAUACGUCAGCAAAAACCUGGGCAUUUAACAAUUUACAUAGCCUAUUUGGCCAUUUACGUGUUUAUGAUGCUCUUCAUAAUCUUCGGAAUACUGGUUGGUUUGAGUUUUUUGCCAAGUUAUAGACAUAAGUACUGUGAUGAAAUCGUUGUGACGAUGAGAACUACAAAGAUGUCAUCAUCCCCCGCAUCUCCAUUGGAAACAAAUCGUAUAGAAAAUCCCUCCUCGCACAGUGACUCUGAUGAGGAUGACGAUCCCAACUGUGUCCCACUGAACGGAGCAUUUUGGGCAAGCGUUUGGGUGUCAGUGGGGCUUUCCAUCCUUAGUGUGCUGAUUGCGUGCAUUCAGAUUCGUUAUACUCUGGUACUCUACAGGUUCCUACGAACACGCCAACGACAGCUUCGCUCAACAAUGAACGUCAGCUAUCAGCACUUUGUACCCGGUGCACCUCCACGUUACACACCCGAAUCUCCUCACACCAUUCAGACUUCACCAGCACAGGUAGAAGUGGGUCCUCUGCCACCGAAACUUAGUCAACCUGAAGUAGCUACGCUGCACGCCGAGUCGCUAAUGACACCACCAGCAAAUCCACCUCCGUCACCAAUGGAAAAGCCCAUCCUACCUGCGCCAUUCCUACGCGUAGAAGGACCACCGGAAUAUACUGAAAGGCCUGGACCGUCUGAAAUCACCUAUGUGACUCCUACACGACCACACGAAAAUAUGGAGGAGGUCGACCUCAACGAGGUUAGAUCUCCAUCGCGGGUUAAUCUUCUCCAUUAG